GCAAUGCGCAUUGACACAAUUGCUGAAGCCACGUGAGUGUGCAACCAGUAAACCACAAGCAAAGCCAUCGUAUUUGCACGUCGACAUCUGUCGAUAAGGCUCUGACCAAUGAGAUUGCGCCAAAGCGUUCAAACCGCCCUCUUUUUAACGCACACCCGCAGAGAGAGCUAGCAACCGAUCGGGAGGGAGACUGCUGCCAUAAGCGCUUUAGUUUAGUCCAGCUUGGCGGUUUUGCAGAAGCCACGGGCAUUUCUCGAGAGUUCAACGUUACAGCAGGAAGCGUUCACCAACCGGUUGUUGUCGUCGUCUAAGCCCGUCUGCUUCAGAAGGAGAGAAAGGGCUGCAAAGUCGUUGACCCAGCGUCAAGAAACACUGAUUGCAGUUAAUGCUUAAACCAUGGCUCCACGUGGAGGUGUAAUCCUGCUAUGGCUUCUACUUUUUGCAGUCCACAGUUUUGCACGAGAGAUUGUUCGUGAUCCUGAAAACACGACUGUUUUCCUAAACCAAACUGCAAUGUUUACAUGUGAGACAAGAGGUGGCACCACUCUGUGGAAAAUCAAUGGAACACAGCGUGAAACCUUUCCGCCUGAAAUACGUAGUGAUCUGGUUGUCUCAGAGAUUACUACGCCUGAAGUCACUACACAGGAGAUUCUGACCAUUCCAGCCAGAGCCCAGUACAAUGGGACUAGAGUUCAGUGUCUGUCAGUACUUAUUAAGGGCUCCAUUACAGAGAUUGCAGAGAGUGACAAUGCCACAUUGACCAUUCAAGGU